AUGUCGAACCCCCGUGUUGAAGAAAUCGUCGACGACAAGCCCGAGCAGCAGGUCGAGGUUGAUGACAGCAGCUCCGACUCUGAGGGUGAGGAGGGUGGUAUCCCCGCCGGCUCCUCCGUCACCGUCCACUCGCGCAACGAGAAGAAGGCCCGCAAGGCCAUUGCCAAGCUCGGCUUGAAGAAGAUUGAGGGCAUCACUCGCGUCACUCUCCGCAGACCCAAGAACAUCCUCUUCGUCAUCAGCCAGCCCGAUGUCUACAAGUCCCCCAACUCCAACACCUACAUCAUCUUCGGUGAGGCCAAGAUUGAGGACCUGAACUCGCAAGCCCAGGCUGCCGCCGCCCAGCAGCUCUCCCAGCAGGAGGGUGCCGCUGAGCACACCCACGACCACUCCGACAAGGGCAAGGCCCCCGAGGUUGAGGCCAAGAAGGAGGAGGAAGAGGAGGAUGACGGUGAGGAGGUCGACGAGACCGGUCUCGAGGCCAAGGACAUUGAGCUCGUCAUGGCCCAGGCUUCCGUCAGCAGAAAGAAGGCCGUCAAGGCCCUCAAGGAGAACGACAACGACAUUCGCAACGCAGCCCUCAAGCUCGACUGGGCCAAGCUCUCCCAGCAGCUCUCCCUCAAGGGCCAAACCGCCAACUCUCUUGUCGCCUUCAAGAAGCGCAACGACGACGCCCGCCGCAAGCUCGCCCAGCUCCAAGAGCAGCAGCAGUCGAUUGACUUCGCCCACUACCGCGGUAUUCUCAAGAACCAGUCCAUCGUCGACGACAUUGAGAAGCAGUUCAACGCCUUCCAGCCCAAGAAGUACGACGUCAACCGCCAGAUCAAGGCCAUUGAGGCUUUCGAGGCCCAGGCCGUCAAGGCUGCCGAGCAGACCAAGUCCAACGUCGAUGUUGAGCUCAAGGACCUGCAGAAGACAUUGAAGAACAUUGAGGAGGCCAGACCAUUCGAGGACUUGACCGUCGACGAGGUUGCCGCCGCCCAGCCCGAGAUCGACCAGCGCACCGAGCAGCUCGUCAAGAAGGGCCGCUGGAUGGUGCCCGGAUACAAGGAGAAGUUCGGCGAUCUUUCCAUUCUGUAG